AUGACCUGGCGCCUCUCUGGCACACCGGCAUUUCAGUCUCAUCAACCUUUUAAUGAUGUGGAAGAAAAUAUUUCUAAAUUGCUUGAUGUUUAUGAUUCUCCACACAUAUCAAAGGCACUAAAACUAUCUCAGUUUUGGAUUCUGUGGAGGAUUUGGAAAGCGAGAAACAAUUUUGUGUUUAAUCAAUAUAGAGAAAGUCCUUCAAAAGUCGUUUUGAAAGCAAAAGCAGAGACAAAUGAGUGGAUCACAAAUACUGCUCCGAGGCUUAACUCUUCAAUUUCACAAUCUUCCAACAGUGAACAACCAAAGUGGUACACUCCAGAACAACCCUUUGUGAAGUGUAAUUUUGAUGCUAGUUAUAGCCAAAUCACUAUGCAAGCUCGUGGAGGUUGGAUUAUACGGGAUCAUCACGGUACUGCAAAAGCAUGGGGAUCUUUGCAUUUGAAUGGUGCAGCCUCUCCGUUGAUGGCCGAAGCAAAAGCACUUCUGGCAGCAAUGCAUCAAGCAUGGUUAAGGGGAUUCACUCAUGUCAUUUUGGAGGGAGACUGUGAACUGAUAGUUUAG